UGUUUUGCAGCGAUUCAGAACCAAUGUACAACUGUUAGAGAGCACUAAGCCAAAUCCUCCACCAUCAUCAUGUUUUCAUCCUUGCAGGGGGAGGGAGGGUUGACUACGAGGCAAAGUGGGGGGAGAGACAGACACACACGGGCCUAGUCGCCACAUCCUUUCAUGCGAAGAAGCUGUGCCGCUAAAACACCCGUUUUUGGUUUCCCAAAACAACUCCGGCCCGGGCCUCAGUCCGCGGUCUAGAGUUUGAUUUCGGGCUGUUUGAGACUGAAUAUCGUCGGUGUGUAGCUGCCAGCCAGCCCCUGAGCCCAGCCACCAUCAUGGGAGACAGCAGAGAUUCCCGCAGCCCAGACAGUUCGUCUGUGUCCUCGCCCCCGUCAGGACAGCGUUCACCUCCACUGGUUCCAUCGGCUGCAGCUUCCAUGACCUCGCUGCCUCCUAUCACCGCUGCCGGAGUCAACAGUCCCAUUAGUAGCAUUGGCUCCCCUUUCUCUGUAAUCAGUUCUUCACUUGGCUCGCCUUGCCUACCUGGAACACCGUCAGUGGGCUAUGGACCCAUUAGCAGUCCACAGAUCAACUCAACAGUGUCCAUGUCAGGGCUUCAUGCAGUAAGCAGCUCAGAUGAUGUGAAACCUCCAUUAGGCUUGAAGCAGCUGUCGUCUCACAGCCCUGGGCCAAUGCUUUCCCAGAAACGCAUGUGUUCCAUCUGCGGAGACAGAUCCUCUGGUAAGCACUAUGGCGUGUACAGCUGUGAGGGCUGUAAAGGUUUCUUCAAGCGGACAGUGCGCAAAGACCUGACCUACACCUGUCGGGACAAUAAAGACUGUAUGGUUGAUAAAAGACAGAGAAACCGCUGCCAGUACUGCCGUUACCAGAAGUGCCUGGCCAUGGGUAUGAAGAGAGAAGUGGCCAAGAUGAACGACAGAUCUGUCCAAGAAGAGAGACAGAGGAACAAAGAUCGGGAAGGCGAGGUGGAGUCAACCAGCGCAGUAAAUGAGGAGAUGCCAGUGGAGAAGAUUUUGGAGGCUGAGAUGGCUGUUGAGCAGAAGACGGAACUUCAUACAGAUGGAAGUUCAGGGGGCAGCUCUCCCAACGAUCCUGUCACCAACAUCUGUCAGGCAGCAGACAAGCAGCUCUUCACCCUAGUGGAGUGGGCCAAGAGGAUUCCACACUUCUCUGAGCUGCCCCUGGAUGAUCAGGUCAUCCUGCUACGUGCAGGCUGGAAUGAACUCCUGAUUGCAUCGUUCUCCCAUCGCUCAAUCUCAGUGAAGGAUGGUAUUUUAUUGGCCACAGGCCUGCACGUCCACAGGAACAGUGCUCACAGUGCAGGAGUUGGAGCGAUUUUUGACAGGGCGCACAAUGCUGAGGUUGGGGCCAUAUUUGACAGAGUUUUGACAGAGCUUGUGAGUAAGAUGAGAGACAUGCAAAUGGACAAGACAGAGCUGGGUUGCCUUCGAGCCAUUAUUCUUUUCAACCCAGAUGCCAAGGGUUUGUCCAAUCCCAGUGAAGUGGAGCUACUGAGAGAGAGGGUGUAUGCCUCUCUUGAGGCUUAUUGUAAACAGAAAUACCCUGACCAGCAGGGCAGGUUUGCAAAGCUCCUCCUCCGGCUCCCAGCACUGCGCUCCAUUGGUCUAAAGUGCCUGGAGCACCUGUUCUUCUUUAAACUGAUUGGUGACACGCCUAUCGACACCUUCCUGAUGGAGAUGCUGGAGGCGCCACACCAGCUCACCUAAAGGAGCCAGGUUUGGUCCGGUCUGGAUCUGAUGCACACCAGGAUUCCCAACACAUUGCCCCGUGUUGGUUGUUGGCUCUUCUCAUUGGGCCUCACUUAACUGCAGCACCUGCUGGUUUUUGGACCGGCUGUCACUCUUAAACACAUGGACACACACAUACACACACAAACAUACACAUAUUCUCUGUCUCACCGGCUAAUUAUGUAGACACAUGCACAGGCUAUUACGCAGGUCUUCAACAAAAACAUGAGUAAUACACUGAUACAAAUGGCUCUAAAAGAACAAUAUGCUCAUGCACACAAACAGACACAUACACGUUAUCACCCUCUUUUCCCAUACUCAGUUUUUCACCGUAGGGGUUAAGACUCAAGCAAUUUACCCCCUUUUUAUCAAACAUAUACAGUAAAUGUCUUAAUUUUAAGUUAGCCUUCAGUUUUCACAUCCUCAUCUCACAGUGGGUUUUUGCUUCUGCGUAACUGGUAUACUCCCCGUUUUUACUUGAGUUACUUGGUUACACUGCUAGCCGCACCUCUGUAUAUUAUAUCCAUCACUAGCCGGUUAGUUAUUCAUGUAUGGUUUUAGCUUAAAAUCAGGUGCAUAGCAUUUCAAUCAACUGUCCACCAUGAAACAAAUGUAUUUGUUAUUGGUCAGGAGGUGUGUCCGAUAAAGGACAAGCAGACACCCUCCCAGUGAGUUCAUCCAAUCUGGUAUCAUUUUAAUAUUUUAUGCUUUUUGAAUAUUCAUGCUGAAACUUGUUUGAGUUUCUAUUUUGAAGUACUGUACUCAUGAAAUGAGAGCUUUUUCCAAGGCAUUGAAAUCCAGGAAAAGGGGUCUGGGAUCACUUUGUUGAACAGACUAACUGUGUCCCUCCCACCCUGAUGCGCACAGCGGGCUUUGUAAGACAAGAAGAAUGACUUGAAUCGUUUUGUUUUCUUUUUCUUUUUUUUUUUUUUUUUUUAAGUUUUGAUUUUAUCCUUUUUCUUCUUUGGCAGUUGGUUGGCAUUUUGAACAGCUUGAGGCUCACAGGAAGUACAGCUUCAUGCAAGAAAAAUUAGUAUUUGUUUCUCUUCAACUCCUGCUCCCCUAAAUCCUCCCUUUGCUGGUGGUCAUUAUGCACUUUUGUGAGUUGUAACUGUGUAAAUGUUCCUGUUUCCUAGAAAUGACCAUCUAUUCUCAAGACACCUAAGAUGACCUUGAAGGUACUAUGUGUAGGGCUUUCUGAUUAUUGCAUCAUGGGAUUUAACAUAAGCCACUAAUCAAAUGGUCACUGGCAAGUGUGUUAGUCUGUCCUAAUCCCUUUGUUCCUUAUUUUAAGUGGAAAGUAAUUUUCUUAACAACUCCAAAUAUAACUGGUGAAUCUGUACUCAGCCAGGUGUUUAAAGCUGAAGGGCACUGUUGGGUAAAUAAAUCCCAUGUAUGCAGCAACAGUGUUCUAGUGCAAGAUCCAGCCGUAUGAGAGGCGUUGCAUUCUAAUGCUGCAUUUUGUUCUCUGUGUAAAACAAGAAGAGACAAAAGGCUGAAUGGUUUUUGCACACCACAUAAAACGACGGCCAUGAUGGGAAAUGUAAAGACAAAUUUAAAUGAUUUAAUGUCAGCAAUAUUUCAACAUGUAUUUUCACCUUGUAGCCAAUUGAUAAUCAAUCCUUUUGAAGGCCACCACUGAUUGAUUGGGUUACUGACAUUGGAUAUUCAUUGUUAAACAAUGCACUAGUGUGGAGUGUUUGACUAAUGCAGUGAUCAAAUGAGCAAUGCUGCAAAAUGAAAAUCCUACACCUACUACCUGCAGCUUUCAAAACUUUAUUCAGUGUGUACUGGUUCAAUGCUUGCAAUUUUUGUACAAUAGAUGUAAAUAAUACAAAAAAAGUCACAGGAGUCAUCCAGAAACAAAAGUCUGUUCACACUGAUGUGAAUAUGAGAUUGAUGUCUCCAACAAAUAACGUUAAAAGCUCUAUUUUGUGCUGAAAAAAUAUCAGACUUGUUUCCCACAUAAUGACAUCAUCAUGAAAUUAUUAUGAAAUUAUGACUGAGCCCAGGGCCAAACCACACCUCACUGCUACUUUUGCACCAACAAAUGCCAAUGUUUCCUGUUGUUCUUAUUAAUUGAUUGGCUGGAUUUCAUUGACAAUGGCACUUGACAUUUACUGUGAUUGAAAUUUGUGGGCAACUUAAUCUCAGCAUUACAGUGAAAAGUCAAAUGAAGCUACCACAAGAUCAGGAGAUAUAAACUAUGAAUUAAACCGUCUACACAUGCUCAGUGGCGAGCAAUACUGGGGUACACAAACUUAUUACUGUUUUUGUUAGUAAAGUAUUUAAGGGAGUGUUGAUGUUCUGAGGUAUAUUUAGCCUUCUUAUUAGUCACCACAUUUAAUAGCAAUUAGAAUCGUAUAUUUUGCAGUAUCAUUCUACAGGGAAGAGGUACAGCAACCCUCUACCAGGUGCUAAAAACUAAUGUGGUCUUUUAGAUUAAGACUUGCACAUCUACAUCAAUGCAAACACAGUAUGCAAAUAAUCAGACAAAUCACACAGCCAUUCUCCACUCUUUCAACAGUUCUGUUUAAAAUCUAGAUUUUCCUCAUAGUCUUCGUUACUUUUUGACCCCUAUCCUUAUCGUUGACUCCGACUACGGAAAUUGAACACCAGCGAAGUGCUUGUACAUUUUGGCUAUGGCUGGUUAGUCUUUGUACUCUUCCAGGUAGAGCCAGAGUCUUUUGUAUUUUAGGAAAACAAAGUUUGGCUGGUUAGAAAAGUGAAAGUAGCUGUUGAAUUUAGGGGGCCAGCAGCCACUUUGAUCAGAAAGAGCAAUGAGCUUCCUGCCCUGCAGAAUAGUCCAAAUACUCUGAGAGGAUCCUUGGCUUCCCCCAUGUGAUGUGGACUUGGAGGCUAACACUUCUAUGACCUGUAAGACAGGUGGUUUUUUAAAUGUCAAUAAGAUGGUCUGACCUUGAGGUUUGAUGUCGUAUCUGAGUUUUUCCUCCCAUGUAUAGAGGCACGUCGGCCAAAGUAGCCUCCAAAUGUCCGUUAAUGCCCAGUAUGCCUGGAAAAGUCAGCCCUUUGUGCACCAUUGCUGCUUCAUUUUGUUUGUUGGUAUAGAUAACGUGGCUGAGACUGAUGCUUGGAGUGAUCAGAAACCAACAUACACUUGACAUCCUGCAGGAUGGUCUCAGCGCUUUAUUUACUCGAACUGAGCAGAAUUUCUGGGCGUACGCUCCCGCUUCCUUUUCUUUUAGUUUAGAGGUCAGCUUUAAAAGACUGUCAGACAAUGGAAUGAAGUUGAGUGCAACCAUAGCUAAGCUUUUUUUCCUGGUCCCAUAGAAUGUGGGCUGACUUCAGGAUGGAUGGUUUUUUGAAGAACCUCAUCCACUGAUUGGCUUUCAGCUGAGCAUCUUUUUCUCUGUGGGUUUUUCUGGAGCUUCCUCCGUUGAAUGUUAAGCCUGCUGCUAUUGCUUCAUGUUUAUAGCUUGGGAUGGGAACGAAUACACAAUCAGUCAAGUACAGGAUGAUCCACGUCUGCAUUAAAAGUAUUAGUCACAUGCACAGUUCUCUGAGCAAAUGCCACACAAACUAAAAAAUAUGCAACUCAUUUGUGGUUCCUCACAUUUGAAAAUCUCUGCUUAUGUGCUUACAUAAGUUGAUAUCAAUUGGCAAUCUUAUUAUUUAGACUUCCCAUCCCUCCAUAAAUCAGCAAUGCAUCAAAGUUUUGAUAUAUCCUUUCUCUGUUUCUUUCCUUUUGUUAUGAGUUUAGGUGAUGUUGAGGAUGAUACACAGAUAAGGCCAAGAAAACGUGAUACAGUCAGUGCAGGUUUGAAUGCUAAGCCACUUUAGAUUUGCUUAUCAAGCAAACUGUUGAAGCAGCAGAUUAUGGUUGGGUAUUUAAGGUUUUUCUACCAGUUAUAAGGUAUGUGUAGACACAUGUGUAUAUACAUAUGUGAAUGCAGUCUGUCUGCAACUGCACCUUUUGAGUGAAGCUUUGGCUGCAAUGUGCUAAGAACUGUUAACUGAUUUUGUAUCACAGAAUAAUGAAAGGACGCACACAAGAGCCAGGAUGCAGAGGUAAUUCUAGCUGGCUUCUUGACAUUAUGCUUUAUCAGAAAAUGCUUCCCCAUCUUUACUGCUUUACUAUGAUUUAAACUAAUGCUUAACUCACUCAACCAUGUGGGCUGAAAAGUACUGGGCUUUCAUUGGAAUGGAUGUAUAGAAUAAGCCUAUGAUUCUUGGACUGUUUGAAACAGAUGAGGAGCUUUUUGGUAGGAAAGGAGUUGAGGGGCUGUGUGGAAGGGGUCUGUGGCCACCAGAGACCGCCGUUUGCUCCACAUUGCCUAGAAAUGUUUGUUGUUGCAACCGUGUGCACUCAAGGCAGACACAUGCUGUGACCUUUUGACUGUGUAGCAGUAUUGUUGUCGCCAUCUUUGUUACAUUUUGAAAUUGCUUUUUGAAAGUAAAGACAUUAAUUAAUUGUGUAUUUUUUUAAUGGAUCGCAGCCUGUGAUGGAAGAAUUGAUCAUCAUGUAUAGUUUAGAUUUCAGGGUGGCAUCUUUACACGUUGACACAGGCCCCCUGGAACUAAGGCCGAUCCGUUUAUGAUCAUUGAGGUGCAGUGUGUGAUAUGCAGCCUCGAAAACCACCAUCCUCACUGGUUUAUUUAUCACUGCCAAGCUGUUUGUGGAAGUGGCCUUUUUAAAUGCAGGGCCACUCAGACCCCACUGCUUGUUUGCCAUGUAUGUUGUGAUUAUUGUGCUGCACAUUAAAGAGUGUGCACUAAUCUUGGCCUGUGUAGUGCAUGCUAAAGUGGGGCCCUAACAGGAAUGGAAUGACAGCUUGUGUGGAGAGGGGAGGACUGGUCAUUGGAGAGAGAAGACGACCAGUGUGUUUCCUCCCCUGGGUGCUCAAGUUGUGAAUUGGUGCUUUUUUAUAGGGUCCCCUGGCCUGAAAAUAUCUGCUAAUCUUUCCAAUACUAGGAAGUGCAGAAACAAGUGAAAAGCAGAUCAGGAGCAAGUUGACCAAGCUAGACUAGACAGCUGUGGACCUGCUCUUCUUGAGCUGCAUCUGUUUUUAUGGUUUCUGCGUCCAUGCCUGGUCCGUGUCGGUGUUGGGGUUGGAUGUAGCGGUUUGCUACCGGCAAAUAAAACUAACCCUUCAGAGAUGGUUUGAGAUAUUGAGUGGAAUAACUGGUUCCAACAAUGAACACGCUGUGCAAAGGUUGCUAGAAUCCAUAGGCCUAGUUUGCAGUUGACACUUGAGAACAGUAUCUGGUUACAGUGAAUGAAGGCGAUGAGAAGGGUCAACUACUUAUGAUUGCUCUCUUUAAGGAUGAGGUUGUUGCUGAUGUUUGAGGUUACAGUAGGGUAAGGAGAAGUGACGGGCAGGGACUUGCAGAAUUUGGAUUAGGUGUUAAAUUUGUUGAUCAAGAAGAGAAAAAAGAAAACCCUAUUUUCCAGUAGAUCAAGAAUCUUCCUUAAUUGUUUACUUUUCAGCUAAAUAAAAUUCACACACUUAAUCUUUGUCUUGUUUCCUGUCUCUCUCCUCUCUGACUAUGCUAUUUAUCUUUUGUUUAUUACAAAGUAUUAAACAAAUACAAGAACUGUAAAAUCAGAAUGGAAUCUGUCACUCUUAUUUUUAAUUUUUCUCUUGUGUCUGUUUUUUGUCCUGUUUGUAUCUUACUCCAUCAUACAUGUGGAGCUGAUUGACUAUUGUGUGCUUUGGGGAUUGAAAGAAGAAAAAAAAUAUGAAUAAUUUUUCAGUCAUUAAUUCUGAAUCUUGUUUCUGUUUGUUGUAUCAUGUCUGAGUAAAGGUUUUAAUACUGUA